UUAAUUUUUAAGAUUUACAAUUAUAAAAUAUAUAAAUUAAAAAUUAGUGAAAAAGAUUAAAUGGAAAAAAUGUCUACGGCUAAAGUUGACAAACAAUCUCAAUCUGGUCUUAAACGAACAGUUCCUGAGGGCACAGUAGAGGAAGCGCUUGAACUAAAUAAACUGUAUGAUGAUUUACGGAAGCAACUUUCCUUGCCACGAACUGACCGCUUGGGCGGACGAGCGCUGGCUACUUGGGACCAAGACGAAAAAGCGGUACACGUGCUACGUAAAGAUGGCAAAUUUGGAAAUUUUGGUUAUAGUCAUGGUGGUCGUCUAUAUUUGGAAUAUUACGAGGCGCUUUUUCUCUUAGAAAUGAAUCGUUUGCAAUUAGAAUAUCACUCCAUGAUAAUGUCAAUUGAACAGGCUUAUUUAUUACUUUUGGGAGAGACAGCUACCCCUAAAUGCAAUGAAUAUCUUGUAUAUGCACAUCUAACGCGCAUUGGCUAUAUUUUAGUGAGACAUCAAAAUAUUCCUUAUUACGACAACAUCGAACCAACCGAAGAGGACUGUGCUUGGGCACUGGCAUUAAAUGUCAUUAAUAAUCGCGCAAUACCCGAAAAUGUAAAAAAGUCUCCACAUUUUGUAAAAGUAAAAAAGGAAAUGAAACAAAUUAAGGAAUGCAUAACCAAACAACAGGUACACGAACAACAACAAUUAAGCGAAGCAGAUACAUCAUCCAUAAAUUUCAAUGGCAAGGUCAUAUCUACUGGUAAACGAAAAAUCACAAUUGAGGAAGCAGAAAAUCCAACAGAGACGAAACGAAGAUGUCUAGAGGUUGCAUCUAAUCAAAAAAGCUUUCUUGAUUGUCUCAAAGAUGAACCGGAAUACAAACAAUUGCAAGCAACAUUCGCAAAAUUCGACAUUAUUCAAAUGGGCGAUGCCAAUAUAAACGCGGAGGAGGAGGUACGCAAUUUACACAUAGCUUUCGAUUUGUACCUUCAUAAUAAUGGAUUCAAAAAGCGAUCACCAAAGCCACCAACUUUCCGUUUACUGAUACUAGGGGUACAUGAGCCAUUCCCUACACAUGCAGAAAUAACAAAUAUCUACAACUUGCAGAAGUACCCUGUGCCUAUUUUAGUAGUUUCUGUGGGCGAAUCAAAGCAAAUACAAGCGUUUGUGUAUUAUUUUAGUUGAUAUAGUGAAAAUGUACAAAAUUUUAUUUUAUAUUAAGUCUAGUUGUAACAAAUAUUAAUAGUUAUGUUUUAAUAAAAUAGCUAACCAGUUUGAAACGUUUCUUUUAAGUUGCGACAAAA